AUGUCGAAAUCCUUGAUGCUUGUGCUGACGAUCUCCACACUGUGGAGUCCUGCCUCAGCCCUCCGUGAUGGCAAUGCGGAGGAGGUCCAAAGCCGUUGGAGCCUUGACAAGUUCACCGCCCGCCUUGACAAAGACCAGGCAGGACUGGCGGAGCUCAUCAAUGGAAAUGAGGGAGCGAUGUGUCGCUUUGAAAGGGACGCCGGAUGCUUCCAAGCCCUGCUGAAACGCGUAUGGCCAUACAAGGACUGGGAUGUCUUCUGGAUGGACAGCUUAGAGAAGGAGAAGUACUUCAUGGUCUGGGCCGACCUCAAGCAGCACUGGACCAGAGCGGAAUUUUCUGAUGGCAGCCACAGGCUCUUCAUCUUUGCUGAUCCCAAGUUUCGGAAAGAAGCCUGA